CACGUAAGGCCCACCGUGCGGGCGUUAUGUGAGAAGGCUGGCCGUGCCGACCUGUGCGUGCGCGGUGCAAAGGGCUCACCUGACCGGAAGUGUGUGGAAAGGGAGAAGCUUGAGGAUAAUAAGGCCCCGGAGUGGAGGAAGCUCAGGGAAGGGUAUGGGAUAGUUUUUGGUUAAUUGUUACUGUCAUUAGGACGUUAGUCGAGCUAGCCCAGAGUUUGUAGAUUCUGUUUGUUUUUAUGGUGAAGACGUGUAACGUUGUAGUGUGGAGCUUCCAGUUUGGGGAAUGUUUAUCUAGGGAAAGGGCUCAGGUGUCACUGGUGUUUUGAUGAGCUGCAGGUGGAGAACUUCAACUGUGGACUGUGUUGGAUCGCAUCGUUUCUUCCGUUUGUUAGGAGCCAUGGCUAUCUUGUUUGCAGUAGUUGCAAGAGGCACUACCAUCCUGGCAAAGAAUGCCUGGUGUGGAGGGAAUUUUUUGGAAGUGACUGAACAGAUACUAUCAAAAAUACCAUCUGAAAAUAAUAAACUGACUUAUUCUCAUGGAAAUUACUUAUUCCAUUAUAUUUGCCAAGAGAGAAUAAUAUACUUGUGUAUCACAGAUGACGAUUUUGAGCGAUCAAGAGCAUUUACUUUUCUAAAUGAAAUAAAGAAAAGAUUUCAAACUACAUAUGGAUCAAGGGCACAGACAGCAUUGCCUUAUGCAAUGAACAGUGAAUUCUCCAGUGUGUUGGCUGCACAAAUGAAACACUUGUCAGAAAACAAGAACUCUGAUCGUGUUCUGGAGACUCAAGCACAGGUUGAUGAGUUGAAAGGAAUCAUGGUCCGAAAUAUUGAUUUGGUAGCACAAAGAGGAGAAAAAUUGGAGUUGUUGAUCGACAAAACUGAAAAUUUAGUGGAUUCCUCGGUAACGUUUAAAACCACCAGUAGAAACCUGGCCAGAGCGAUGUGUAUGAAAAACCUCAAGUUGACCAUAAUUAUCGCCAUCGUAGCAAUUGUUGUCAUUUACAUCAUUGUAUCAGCAGCGUGUGGUGGUCUCUCAUGGCCAACUUGCAUCAAGAAAUGAGUAAGAGCUAUUGUUCUGUUCGCCGGAAGGAAAGAUGGAGCAACCUAGUUUUAACCACUGGUACGCAGAUUUCAUUGGAGAUCUACGUGAAAUUUAUCUUUUCUGCCUCCAAAUACCAUGCAUUGAAAGGCUGUAGUUUCUGCUUGCCUUAUAUUUGACAUUUUUUAUACUUUUCAUAUUAACUGAAGGAGUUACUGCAACUGAAAUAAAAAUCCAUAUUUUAUUGUGUUCAGUUGUUGAGAAAUAAUUGUUCUAAUAACUUUUUAAAAUUAAUAUAGUGCAUUACUUGACUUGAAUCAACCUGUUGAGCACUUUCUAAAAUGGUGUGCAGAAGACCUUUGGAGAAGCGCGACAUCAAUUGUGAUUGCCUUUCUUUUCUCUGUGGUGCCGUCCCUCCUUACCCCAGUUAAAUGAGAAUGAUGCAACAUCCUGACUUGUCUGAGUGGAAACAAAUAAUACCAAUGCUUCUUCCAAAUCAUCCAAGGGAGCUGACGAUCUAUUCUUCUCAAACAAAUUGGAGAACUGUAAUGCUAAUUAGCUCUCUUUCACAUUUUGGAAAGUGUUUGAAGUGUUGCAUAUCUCCAGAAUUGAGGCAUGGUGUUAAUCAAAACUAUGUUUGAAUGGACACUGUAGUAAUGGGAAUCCUUACUGGACCAAUGUAAAAAUGUAAAUAUGUUUCUUAUGCCAGUCAUGUAGCCAGUAUUUAUAUACAGUACAUCCCAGCAAAAAUACCAUAGCAAUGUGGUACACGUGAUUGGGUACCCAAAUGGUUACUAAUAAUGCUGCUGUAUGUAGAGCUUUUGUUAACCAAAUCUGUACAUUUUUUUUAUGGUUCACAUUGUAUGUGUUUGUACAGCUUUGAUCCCUUUGCAGGCAGAAUAAGAAUUUCAGUUUAAAGGUUUUGGUUUUUUGUUAUAAAAAUUGAACAGGCCUUUUGAAAAACAGCCUCUACGAUGUAGUCUCAUAGAUUUCUGGACCCAGAGGCAGCAAACUUUUAAAAUCUUAAACCAUAUGUUCCUGUAACUUUGGAUAUGUGCCCGUUCGUGACUGGAGAUUAUGUAGGGACUUGUGGUUUCAUGAUUUUUGUUUUAUAGUGGUGGCUGUACAUAUUCACUUCUGCGAUUUUUGGAUUUGCAUCCAUUUCAAGAGAAGCAAAGGUCAUCCCUCUCAUCACCUCCAUGUUUCUGAUGUGAACUACUGGGUGAUUGUGGUUAAGAAUGAUGAUCAGAUGCAUGGGAUAUGGAUUUUUAUGAAGCUCAGCUCCAUGAGGUGGAACUUGUAUGGUUCCGAGUGAGAAUGACUUAGAUCAUUUCUUUUCAGUUCCGUUCCCUAUGCUUAUAUCGGCAAUGAUGUGGAAUCUCACGAGGACUAAGAAUGCAAGAAAAUCCUCUUUUUUUUUAAAUGUUUGUUUUGGUUUGCCAAAUACAUGGGUUACUGUCGUGCCAGUUGUUGGGUAAAAUGCUGUGCAGAAUGGUUCCUAUUGAUCAAUUGGUCCAUCUCAGGUAAGAGAAAUGCAGCAUUUGUACUGUUUUUCCAUCACUAUUGGAUUAACAAGAUGGGACGGUUGCAUCAAAGUAUCAACCUGUGAUUAUAAAUAUUAACUCCUAAGAGCUGUUGUUAAAUAUAAAUAAUAGUCUACUUGCAACUAGAUUCUCACAGUUGGUGCCAAAACAACACUUUCUCACAAAAAUGUUACGCUUGUAUUUUAGUUUUUGUUUUAAUGGCAAAUCUAUUAAUGAACCCCCACCUCUAAAGAAUCUGCUCAAUGGGCUGUCAUUUAAUGUUGCAACUUGUUUGUGCAAUUACAUCUUUGCCUUUAACAAGCACAGAAGGAGGGCUUUGUUUGAGUUAGCACGUAAUCUCUGGUGCAAGUAUUACUUUAAGAUGGUGAAGUAUUAUCUAUUUUAAUCAAGAUUUAUGCUUCGGUUCUUUGGUACUUUUUCCUCAUUUGGUAUCUUGAAUAGUUGUGUAGACUGAAGCGAACCUAGAUGUUAUUAAUUCAAGUUGUAGUUACAUCUCGAUCAUUAUCUACUGAAAUCCCACACUGUUCACUGUAACAUCUUACAUGAUUGAUGGAGUAUGGUCUUGCUCAUAGAAGAUUCCAUGUGAUAUAAUGGCCUCUAAAUUGUACCUGUUCCCCACUCUAAUCUUUUGAAGGUUAUUCAGAUCACUGUCCAAGUUUUAAAACUGCAUAAAUGGAAAUGUAUUAAAAUCAAUCUUGCUCAUGUUAAAAUAUUAAUCACAUUUGUAAUAUAAACCUUGGCUGUAUAAGAAGCUUUUGCUCUUGUACUUUGCAUUAUAUUGAAUGGUAGAAAUAAAUUUGUUUAAACAUA